AAAAAUAAAGCGAAUAGACUUUAGCCCCUAAACAGCAUUGUUAUUCCUUAGUUCUGCUUAGCUUAUGUUUCCAAUGCAUUUGCACAAUACCCAACCGAUGCCAACUUCUGUUGCAAUCCAAAGGAAUAUGAAGCACCACACCUUAAGAAUCACCACACCUUCAUCUAUUCACCUUAUAAAGCAAUGGCAAAUGAAUCAGAAGCACCACACCACACCUUCAGAAUGGAGAACAAUGGCAAACGAAAACGAAAAGAAGAUGAGAAUGGUUCUAUAUCCAUUACAUCUCCACUGUCUACUAAAAGAGAAGUUAGAGAAGAUUUGGAUACUGAAGUUAAGCAAAUUUCCUUUGUAAAUUUGAUCUCAGAAAGUGACAAACAAUCUAACCUGCAAUCCAAAGAGCAAAAAUAUAACAUGCAAUCCAAAGAGAAAAAUGGAUAUUUUGAUGAUUGGAAUCCCAACUUCUUUAGGCCAGCAAAUUGUGAUGUCAAAGAGGAAUGAUUGUGCGGUUUGGGUGAUUAAUUGGAUGAUGCAACAGGGAGAGAAUGAAUAUAAGAUUGAAGUGGAUGAAGGAUCAAGACUGAAAAUUGCUCUACAACUGACACUUCAUCCUUUCAACAAAAAUAGAGAUUUGAUGCUAACAAAAUCUUUGGAACACAAGCAAGCUUUUGUGAAAGGAAAUGAUCCGGAGGAGAAGAAUUGAAACUAUUUGUAAUUCAUGUCGAUUCUAUAAUGAUGUUAUUCCUUAGUUCGUAAACGCUUUUUUUGGUGGAUUUUAGUUGGAGAUUCUGUAAUGAUGUUAUUUCUUAGUUCGUAAACGUUUUUUGAUGGAUUUUAGUUGGAGAUUCUAUAAUGACAUUAUUGAAUAUUUGCACCACAAUUUAAGUUAUUGGUAUUUUUUUGUGUGGAUUUU